CGAUUUCCAUUUAUUGUUAAUUUACAGACUGUAAAUAGUAUGUAUUUAUUACUUUACCAAGUUUUGCUUUUCAUCAGUAUCGUAUCUGGAAAACGUGAUAUAGAAGCAGAGAAGAAACCAUCGUUUUGGAAAGCCAAUGCAAAAAAAGAAUUGGAAGCCGCUUUAGAUGCUCAAAGACUCAACACAAAUGUUGCUAAAAACGUCAUAAUAUUUCUAGGCGAUGGUAUGGGAAUAUCCACUGUUACUGCCGGAAGAAUAUUGAAAGGCCAACUCCGGGGUGAGAGCGGCGAAGAAACAAAGCUAACAAUGGAGACGUUACCUCAUGCAGCCCUCAGUAAAACGUAUUCGGCCAAUGCUCAGGUAUCAGACUCAGCUGCGACUGCAACGGCAUAUUUAUGUGGUGUGAAGUCAAACUGGUACACACUUGGUGUAAAUGCUGCGACUGUGUAUGACAACUGUGAAAGUAUAAAAGGAAACGGUGUCGAAUCGGUUCUUGUUGAUUCGUAUAAAGCAGGUAAAUCGGCUGGCGUCGUUACAACAACUCGUAUUCAACACGCCACUCCAGGAGCGACCUAUGCUCACGCACCAAACAGGGAGUGGUACGGUGAUGCUGAUUUAACAGAAGAAGCAAAACAAAACGGCUGCAAAGAUAUUGCAUUGCAAUUUUAUGAAGCUUCCGAUAUGAUAACGGUUGCUUUGGGUGGUGGUCGUAAAUACAUGCAACCAGAGAACACGACAGAUUACGAAUAUCCGAAAAUGUCAAACAGCAGAAAGGACGGAAAAGACUUGAUUCAAAUGUGGAAAAACAAGAUGGCGUCGGCAGGGUUCGAAUCAAAGUUUGUGUGGAACAAGAAGCAAUUCGAUGACGUUGAUGUUGAAUCAACAGAUCGGCUACUUGGUCUAUUUGAGCCAUCAGAUAUGCACUACGAUGCUGAACGAUCAAAAGAUGGCGAAGGAGAGCCUUCGAUAGCAGAAAUGACGUCAAAGGCGAUUCAAAUGUUACAGAAAAACGAUAAAGGGUACUUUCUAUUGGUAGAAGGAGGGAGAAUUGACCACGGUCAUCACUCAGGCAACGCGUACCUUUCUCUCCAUGACGUCGUUGCGUUUGACAAUGCCAUUGCUGAAGCACUCCGUAUGACGUCACAAGAAGACACAAUGAUUAUUGUGACGGCAGAUCAUAGUCACGUGUUUACUAUUGGUGGAAAGUCAAUUCGGGGAAAUAAUAUAUUUGGAUUGCAACCAGACGUUUCAAACCCCGUCAAUGCGUUAGACAACAAACCCUAUACCACAUUAAUCUACGCCAAUGGACCAGGGUUUCAUGGCGAAUAUUUUGUUAAUGCGAUGGGAUAUAACGAGCCAAUCAUUAAGAAUGGAAGUUCAAGAGAAGAUCUCACUAACGUGAACACAACUGCCCCGGAUUAUCUUCAGCAGAGUGCGAUUCCACUGGAUUCUGAAACCCACGGGGGAGAAGACGUAGCAAUUUUUGCAUCUGGUCCGAUGGCACAUUUGUUUCAUGGCGUUCAUGAGCAGAGCUACAUUGCAUACGUAAUGAGAUAUGCAUCCUGUGUUGGACCAGAUCAAGGACACUGCAUGAAGGAAGAUGACAUAGGCCAUAUUGAAUAUCUCGGAAGUUCCAUAUCUGUUUCAACUGCUAAUAGCACCUUGCGUAUUCAAUUUAUUUUUCUGAUAAUUCUAAGUGUUGUAAUAUUCAUUUUGCUGCUCCUAUUAAUCAGAAAUUCAUUGAAUUCUAAAAGGAAGGCGAACUACAAAGAGUCUGGCAAGGCACCUGAUGUACCGUUAUCUACACGUCCAUAAUGUCUAAUUCGCUUCCUACACGCUUCUACUCAGUGUUCACUGACUGCUACGAAGCUCUCCUCAGAUCUUAUUUUCUGUAAAAGACUGACUGAACUAUGUAUCAGGGUCUUGCCUCUAUAAUCUCACUUGUCAAAUACAUUUACAAUUUCUAUUGUCUUAUAUUGGUAAUUUUACAUUAACUUCAAUGAUACUACUUCAGCAUCUCUUCGUGGGAGUCGUUAACUUCGCGAUACCGUAGUACUUCAAAUCGAAAUCCUCAAUAACCUGUGAUAUCAACAUCGUUAACCACAAAUAAUUUUUAUAAACCUUCAAUCAGUGGUGGGAUUCAAGGGGAUUAAACGGGUUUGAGCGAACCAGUUCUUCUGGCAAUUAUAGAACCAGUUCUUGACCGUGAGUUAGUAAUUUUCUGAAAUGAAGGAACCUGUUGUUAGUGAGAUCGAUACAAAGGAGAACCCGUUUCUAAAAUUUUGAAUCCCACCACUGUCCUUAAUCCCUAUUUAUUUGAAGAUUUCAAUAAUAAAGAUUUUUGACAUGAAA